AUGAAGAGGCUUAUAAGCAGGGCCUCUGCGCCUUCAAGGCGCUUAUACUCAACAUUUAAAACUACAACACCCCGUCCGAUCCAUCCGCCGAACCCAAACAAGCGCGGCCUACAAGACUUGACGAUUUCAGAUCUCUGUUAUUACUGGGACACCAAACCACCCACCUCAGAGCAACUUGCUUUCGCAGACAGACUAUUUGUACCGUCACGCCAUUCACCUUUGAAACUAUGGUCUGCAAGCAAGUUCCGUACAACACCGAUGUCCUCAAUCGAGCCCGAAGUCGCAUUCCUCGGCCGUUCCAAUGUCGGCAAGAGCUCGUUGCUAAACGCUAUAAUGGGUCAGGAGAUCUGUUGGACUUCCUCAAAACCUGGGCGGACAAGAGAAAUGAAUGCAUUUGGCAUUGGAGGUACAAAAGGUGGCGAACAUAAGGUGGUCCUUUUGGACAUGCCGGGAUAUGGAAAGGCUAGUCGAGCAGAAUGGGGAAUGGAGAUUAUGAAAUAUCUCCAAGGACGGAAGCAACUUCGCCGUGCUUUUAUCCUCAUCGAUAGCGAACACGGGAUUAAAAAUAACGACGCCGAGAUCCUCCAGCUCUUCCGACACUAUGCUAUCCCACAUCAAAUAAUCCUUUCAAAAGUCGAUAAAGUCCUCGCCAAAACGAAGAAGCAGGUCAAGUCUGGUGCUUCGGCUGUGAGCGUACAGCGGCUUCAGAAGAUGUUGGAAGAUCUGCGGCCACAGGUUCAACCUGAUGUGCGUGUCUCAGAGGGACCAGGUGCUUUGGGCGAGCUCGUCACUUGCAGUGCGGAUAUCUCUAUUGGCGGUGGCCAGUUCCUAGGUGUCAACGCUGUGCGCUGGGCUAUUCUGUCUGCUGCGGGUAUUGAUGGGAGCUUACAAGGCGGACAGCCGGCUCUUAAAUCCCCUGUGACAAUCUCUGAAACACCUUGA